CACGCGCCUACGUGGACAAAAGCUCCUGGAAAGACGAGAUCGGAGGGUUAAGAUGGUGCGAACGGCUUCUUGACUCCUCCCGCUUGGAGGAGGCGGAGGAGGAGGCGGGCCUCGGUGCACCUCAACAGUCGGAGGGCUCGCCCACUGGCUUCAGUCCGUCAGCAGCAACUCCACCGCGGCGCCUGAUCUUGACGCUCCCCCUCCCCACCCCGCCGCCACCCCCCCCCAACUGAAGUCCGCUUGUUUUGCUCCAGCUUGGCGUCCGUUUUUGCACGCCGGAGGUGGCCGAGGCGACCGCCCCGGAGAGCGAUCCCUCGAUCGGACGCGAUAUGAACCCUCGGUCGGCUUGAAGCGCGAGGAAGGAGACGCAAGGACGGGGACGCGCGCCAGGCCGAGCGAACGCCCGAGUUGAGUCGAGUCGGGUCGAGCCGAAGCCGAGCGGAAGCCCCGCCGCAGUCGGAGCCACCAUGCCCGGCUUCGACUACAAGUUCCUGGAGAAGCCCAAGAGACGCUUCCAGUGUCCGCUGUGCAGCAAGGCCAUGCGGGAGCCCGUCCAAGUGUCGACCUGCGGCCAUCGCUUCUGUGACACCUGCCUGCAGGAAUUCCUAAGCGAGGGCGUCUUCAAGUGUCCCGAAGACCAGCUGCCUUUGGACUACGCCAAGAUCUACCCGGACCCGGAGCUGGAGCAGCAGAUCUUGGCGCUGGCCAUCCGCUGCAUCCACAGCGAGGAGGGCUGCCGCUGGACGGGCCAGAUGAAGCAGCUGCAGGGCCACUUCUCCACAUGCGCCUUCAACGUGAUCCCCUGCCCCAACCGCUGCUCGGUCAAGCUGACGCGCCGCGACCUCCCCGACCACCUGCAGCACGACUGCCCCAAGCGCAAAGUCAAGUGCGAAUUCUGCGGCAGCGAGUUCACCGGCGAGGCCUACGAGAACCACCAGGGCGUGUGUCCCCAGGAGAGCGUCUACUGCGAGAACAAAUGCGGGGCGCGGAUGAUGCGUCGGCUGCUGUCGCAGCACAGCAUGGCCGAGUGUCCCAAGCGCACGCAGCCGUGCAAGUACUGCGGCAAGGAGUUUGUCUUCGACACCAUCCAGAACCACCAGUACCACUGCCCUCGCUUUCCCGUCCAGUGCCCCAACCAGUGCGGCACGCCCAACAUCGCCCGCGAAGACCUGGCCAACCACGUCAAAGACAACUGCGGCAGCGCCCUGGUCCUCUGCCCCUUCAAAGACGCCGGCUGUAAACACCGAUGCCCCAAGCUGGCCGUCGGCCGGCACCUGGAAGACAGCACCAAGUCGCACCUGACCAUGAUGUGCAACCUGGUGGGCCGGCAGCGUCAGGAGAUCCUGGAGCUGCGGCGGGAGAUGGAGGAGCUGUCGGUGAGCCACGACGGCGUCCUGAUCUGGAAGCUGAGCGACUACUCGCGCAAGCUGCAGGAGGCCAAGCUGCGCAGCAACCACGAGUUCUUCAGCCCGCCCUUCUACACGCACCGCUACGGCUACAAGCUGCAGGUGUCGGCCUUCCUCAACGGCAACGGCAGCGGCGAGGGCUCGCACCUCUCCGUCUACAUCCGCGUGCUGCCCGGCGAGUACGACAACCUGCUGGAGUGGCCCUUCGCCUACAAGGUCACCUUCUCCAUCCUGGACCAGAGCGACCCCUCGCUGUCCAAGCCGCAGCACAUCACCGAGACCUUCAACCCGGACCCCAACUGGAAGAACUUCCAGAAGCCCUGCAGCGCCCGCAACUCGCUGGACGAGAGCACCCUGGGCUUCGGCUACCCCAAGUUCAUCUCGCACGAGGAGAUCAAGAAGCGCAACUACGUCCGCGACAACUGCGUCUUUGUCAAGGCUUCCAUCGAGAUCCCCCAGAAGAUCAUGGCCUGA